AUGACCAGAUGCGUUUCCCUGGUGCUAAUGGUGGUGUUGCUAGACAGGGUCCCGGCAGCCCUGGCAAGCCCUGUCCCAGCCUUCCAACCUUCCUCUGAGGACCAUCCCCAGACUACCCCUUGUCCCAUCACCUCGAAGAGCCCAUCGGUUGUCACCCUGAGCUCCUCAGUUUCCUGGAGUCACCCCGGCCCCCGCAUGGUCCUCUCACUGGACGUCCCCCUUGGCCUCCUGCGGAUUGUACUGGAACAAGCCCGGAGCAGGGCAGCCAGGGAGCGAGCCGCCGCCAACGCCCAUGUUCUGGCCAGCGUGGGCCGCCGCUGA